AGGGCAUCUGAUGUACUUCAGUUGCUGAGAGGGAGGCAUUAGGGAGUGAGAGGUGCUUUGACUGACUGCCUCUCGGUGACUCUCUGCCACUGGACAUUUAAAGAUUCCUCCCCUUUUCAUUUGCAACUUCACAGCUCAGAAAUGAAGAAACACCUGAUUCUAUUCUGCCUUUUGGCCACAGCACUGGCUGCAAAUUCAGUGAAGUCAGUGAAGCUUCACAAGAGUAAAGAUGCAGUUCUGCCCACGUAUCUGCCUUUCGAGUCCAGUACUCAGGACCCAGUGGAUGAGGACUCGAGCGAGGAGAACGAGAGCCAUGUGGCGCUCAAGCAAACAGGGGCAGAAGUACUAGAAGAUUCAGAGGGAGGUGAGAAGAAUACCCCUGUGCUCCUGAGUGAAGCGGCAAUGACUCAGCUCCUGCAGGACUCUGAGGAGGCAGACGAACCUGUUGAGGAGAAUGAAGAAGACAAUGCAGGAGAUAAGAAAGAUGUGAAGGAGACAGAGGAGGAGAGUAAGGAAGAUGAGGAAGGAGAUGGAGCAGAGAAUAGGGGUGGUGAGAACAAGGACGAGGAUGGAAAGGUGAUUGACGGCAGUACUGAGGCAGAGAUACCAAUGGACUUGGACUAUGCUGCUGACCGUGAUGCCUCAAAGCCACUGACUAUCAAGCUCGAGGAGGCUAAAGCUUCAAUCACCAACAUUCUGGAGAAAGAGGUGGAGGAAACAGUAGAAGAUGUGAUCCCCACAGCCAUGGAAGAUUAUGAUUCUCAGCAAUCCAACAAAGACUCUGAAGACUCCAAAGAGGACAUUCUAGAGGAAAAGUCUGAGCAGGAAUUGCCAGCAGAAAAAGAACAAACCCAAGAUGAGCUGAAAGAGCCACUUCAAGGCUCUGAUGAUGUCAAAAGUAAUCUGGGCGACAAAAAACCCAACAAAAAUGUGAAGAAUGAUCAACAGGAUGAGAAGAACAGCAUUGAAUCUGAGACUGCUAUUCUUUCUAGUAGUGAGAAGGCAAGGAAAGAGAAGAAGAAACAGAAGAAUGAGAGUACAAGCCAUGGAAAGGGCAAAGCCAAGAAGCAGCAAAAGAACCAGCAGGUGGAGAAGAUGCAAAGUGACCAGGCCAAUGCAAUGGAGGAAACUGAGGAACAUGAUCAAAGGAGAGAUCCAGAGAAAGAGGUGGAACCCACUGAAAAUACUGCACAAAAAUCCAAAAGGAAGAAUGGGAAAGGGGCUCGCUUGUUGGGGAUGAAUCCAUUACAGAUCAGGGCCACAAUGGAUCUUUACCCUGACAUUAGACCCAUCCAUCAACCCAGUGGACAGGAGGUGCCAGCCGACCCAUGUGAGAACCUCCGUUGUAAAAGAGGCAAAUCAUGCCAAAUGAAUGAUGAGAACAAGCCCAGCUGUGUUUGUCAGGAGCCGUCAGCAUGUCCUCCCAGUGUAAAUGAGUUUGAACGUGUGUGUGGAACUGACAAUAAGACAUAUGACACAUCCUGUCAGCUCUUUGCCACCAAGUGUAUCCUUGAGUGCACCAAAAAGGGCCAAAGACUUCACCUGGACUACACUGGAUCCUGCAAAUUUAUUGCUCCAUGCCAAGAGUCAGAGCUGAUCCAGUUUCCUCUGCGCAUGCGGGAUUGGCUGAAGAAUGUACUUCUGCAGCUUUAUGAACACGACUUCAUGUCCCCUGGCUUUCUCACAGCCAAACAAAGAAUCAGGGUUCAGAAGAUCUAUGAGAGUGAGAGGCUUCUUCAUGGAGGCGAUCACUCCAUUGAGCUUCUACUGCAGGACUUUGAGAAGAACUACAACAUGUACAUCUAUCCAGUGCACUGGCAAUUUGCACAGAUGGACCAGCAUCCUUCAGACAGGUUCCUCUCUCACUCUGAGCUGGCUCCUCUGCGAGUUCCCCUAGUACCCAUGGAACAUUGCACCUCAGCUUUUUUCCAGAAGUGUGAUGCUGACAAAGACAAGCAGGUCUCUUUCAGGGAGUGGUGCAGCUGCUUUGGAAUUAAGGAAGAGGAUAUGGAUACCAAUCUGCUGUUUUGAACAUCAUUGAGUGCCUAAACAAGUGCAUUGGCUGUCUACUUCAAGGAAAAGUAUAACUGGAGAUUUAUUAACUGAGAUGUUACUGUUUUCUUUAAUGUGUAAUGAUCAAGAUGAAGGACAAGUUUGUCUAAAAACCUUUAUUUUUUAUUUUAUGCAUUAUAUGUUUAGCAAAUGGUUACAGAAAAAAAUUACAGAAACAGUAAUUAUAGUUGAUAAUUUACACUGUUUAAAUGACCAUAAAAACGUUAGUUUUAGUUUGAGUGUUUGUAUGCAUUCCAGUGAGGAGUCUACAUAGUGAAUAAAAAUAAAACAGAAUUUACAUUUGAUAAAAUAUUAGAAAAUGUCAUGAAUAAAAAGUGGCACUCUUUUAUGUGCUUGUUGCCUAUUUAUUAGUAUAUAUGUAUUAUAAAUUAUGUUGCUAUAAUAGUUUUAAUGAAUAAAUCAGGAGAUUUAAAGAUUUGUUUUUAUACACACACAUUUUUAUG